AGAAAAUAUUUUAGGGUUUCGUCGAGCCCCUCUAUAUAAUCCAGUUUCGAAAAAACUAGGGUUGGGAGCGUGGUUUUUAGGUGUUUCUUCCAAUUGAAUAAGCUCUUCUGAAAAUCAAUCGAAAAUGCCUAAGCAAAUUCAUGAGAUCAAGGACUUCCUUCUCACUGCCAGAAGGAAAGAUGCACGCUCGGUAAAAAUCAAGAAGAGCAAAGAUGUUGUUAAGUUCAAGGUCCGCUGCUCCAAGUACUUGUACACCCUUUGUGUGUCUGAUGCUGAGAAGGCUGACAAGUUGAAGCAAUCUCUUCCUCCAGGUCUGAGUGUCCAAGACCUGUGAAAAUAGGGAUGCUUCAAGUCUGUCAUCGGGACUCGGCGGUUAAAGCUAGAUUUCAAUUUUUGGUUUAUUGUAUUUUAUGCCAUUUUGCAACAGUCAAAACUCAAAAUUUUCUUUAAUGGAUUUUGAUUUGGUGUUUUGAUGGAUGAAUAGGAUGAUAUGCACUUUUUGAUGCUUAA